UAUAUAUAUAUAAGUUAACAUUCCUCUUGAGACCACCUUGAAUCGCCAACUCGACCGAUUGCAGCAACAUCAGCGGCAAUUGGCGGAAACAAUCAUUUCAUUGGAACCAGAACAUCAACAAACAGCGCGAUCAUCAUCCCACCAGUAAGACAAAUCAUCGUUCGCUUUAUCGCGAACCCAACUCCACACGCAGCGCGGACGCGAUAGAAGAGAAUGCAGAAUCAGCAUCAACGAUAACGGGACACCGAGUGCACGCUUUCGAUUCCCAGAAAAUAGUAUCUUUGUAUAAACUAAGAAAUCGGCAGGCCUCUGUAUAAGGAAAUGAAAUAAAGUUAGUCUAGAUUGAGCGACCAUCGAAAACGGUUUGACAUUUUUAGUUUUUAAAAACUCCGAAGUUCAUGGAGGGAACUUAACUGGCGCAGUCUUUGUGGAUUAGUUAAACGCGUUCCGCGAGUGAUUAAUGUGAGAAAAAACCGGCGUAUUCCAUCGAAAGGACAUCGAAGGAAAAAGCAUCAUCAAGAGGAUAUUGAUGAUUUGAGGACCUCCAACAGAAGCACCCGGAAUCAGCGUUGAACCUACACUAUCGAGGGGACAUCGAUAAAUAAAUUAGGCACACGACCCGGUAAAAUUCUGGAAAAUCAACAAGGACCACACAAUAUCCAUUAUACAUUCAUUAUAUAACCACACAAUAUUCAUUAUACACAUCUCAUAAAAAACAGAAGAAUUGUUUUGAAACGCGUAACCUGCGACUAACAUAUGAAAAAUAGAGAACAGAACAAUUUUUCAAAAUUGAAUAAAAUAAAAUUAAAUAACUUAACAAACACACUAAUAUUUCAUUUUUUUUUGCAGGUAUUCUUAUUCAUCAGAAAAAAUUGUGUAAAGGGGAGAGAAAAUAAAGUAAAUAAAUAAUAAUAAAUUCAAACAGAAAGGUAAUAAAAAAAUAAGUAUGUAAUAUUCCUCAGAUACAGUAUUUUAUAUAAAAUUCACGAAAUUUGUCAACAAGAAAAUAUCUCGAAUUCAUGCAAUUUCAAAAUUAUACUUUUUCUAAAGCAACAACUAUAUUGAUAAUAACAUUUACUAACAUUUAUCUUAAGUGAAUAAAAUACAUUGUAAUUUUAUUUCUUCAAAUUCCUCAUAUCAAAACAAAACAAAAAAAAACAACUCUUUAUAUUACUAUCUGAUCAAAUGUAUAGGAAAAUGUUACGGAAUAUACUGAUAGCAUGGCUGACAGCUCUCACCCAAAUACACAGUGAUCCAAUUUUAAAUAUCGUGGAUCUUGGAAAUAACCCAAUAGUGUUAAUCAAACAAAUUAAUUGCAAAAUACAGACUGGAACAAUAAACAUUAUACAUCCAAUCAACUUAGAUCAAAUUGAGGAAAGCGCAGAACUUGUAACAGCAAAAUUUUAUGCUCAACUAACAUCAACUAACCCAUUGCACGAAGUUAUAAAAUUCCGAAUCAAAAAGCUGUACUCGUCCCUCUACGCAUUAAAACCACAAAAAGCGCACCGACAAAAGAGAUGGGAUACAAUAGGCACCGCGUGGAAAUGGAUCGCCGGUUCACCUGAUGCACAGGACCUGAGAAUAAUCAAUUCAUCCAUGAAUGACCUCAUCAAUCAGAAUAAUCAACAAUAUCAAAUCAACGAAAAUAUCAACAACCGAAUUACCCAACUGACACAGGCGAUUAAUCAAAUAGCUAGUUCAAUAAAUAACAGUACGAAAGAAUUGGAUAUUUUACAAGCAGUUACCACGAUGUUGAACGUUGAUAUUGUCAAUGAACUUUUAGAUAACAUUCAAGAAGCAAUCGCACUCACCAGAAUUUCUGUCAUCAAUAACAAAAUUCUAACAACACGUGAAAUAAAUGUGAUCAAAUCUGCUCUUCAGGACCAAGGAGUAGAAAUCAACUUUCCGGACGAAGCGCUACAAUUUGUCACACCCAAAAUUGCCGUCAAUAAUGGAGACUUACUGUACAUUCUGCACGUUCCCGAAUUGGAAAACUCUACAUCUACAAUUACAAGAAUUUUUCCGCUCAUCGUAAACGAUCAAAUUAUCAAAACCUACCCAAGCCACGUAAUACGACAUGGGCCGAAACUCUUCAAAACCAGUAAACCUGAAGAUUUUGUACAAAGAUCAUCCUACAUUGACGAAAUCGAAGAUGACUGUAUCAAACCAAUCAUACUCGGAAAGGAGUCUCGCUGCAUCUCAAUUUUCAAGAAUGACACAAUACAGCAGUUGAUCAACGAAAACACUAUAUUAAUCUCAAACGCCCGAAACCAGACACUCAAAUCCAACUGUGGACCCGAUGAUAGAACUAUCACCGGAAAUUUCAUAAUCAAAUUCGCAAAUUGUACAGUCAAGUUCAACGGUCAUAAGUUUCAAAAUUCAGAAAUAAUCGGUGAAACCGAAGUUCUGUACGGAGCACUUUAUAACACUCUAAUUCACUGGACAUUACAAAAAGAGCAUGACAUUACAGAAAUACGCGACACAGCGAUUAUCAACAGACAGAAAUUAGAUCACAUUCAUUUACGACAGAAUAGUCUUCGUUUCAGUCUAUGGACAACAUUCGGAGGAAUUUCUUUGUCAACAGUGAUUUGCUUCAUAGCCGUAAUUCUUUGUAUAAAGAAUAUUAACAUUUGCCCAGUAUUAAAACUUGGAAGAUCAAAAUCAAACAUCGAUCCGAGACGGCUCGAACUAUAUAUAUAUGAAAAUCGACUUUUAGUUUUUGAAAUCGAUUUUUUUCAGUGUAUGAUUUCAAAAAAAUAUUUUUUCUAAAAAUUCAACUAUUUUGCUAAAACUCUUCUAUAGAUUACUUUUUGUAGGGCUUACCAUUUUCAAGUAAACAUUUUUUAUAAAAAAUGGUCAAAAAUAUUUGGCCCUUUCCAUAUGUUAGUAUAGAUAAUUUUUCGGAAAACUAAGUAUACCAAGUUGCUCAAUUAGGUAGGGUCUUCACACCCAGAAUGUUUCAUUCAAUUUUGAAAGGGUCAUGCCAACAUCUGGUCGAGUUGGCACGAAAUGCAUCAUUCCUCUUUUUCCAUUUUCUACAAGAAUAUUUAGGUAGUGACACUUAAACAACUGUAGUUUGUAAACAAAUAAAUGAAAAGUCAUGAAACACAUAAACUAGUGACAGAUGAACCUUUAGAAAUGAAUCUUGUUCAUUGUUUAGGGGCGCCAUGUGUUGAAAAAUCUGUUUUUGGUUUAAUUUUCAUCUCUUUGUUUGGACUAAAAUAAAAAGGGUUCUGUUUUCAUGAAAAAUUUCCGUUUUCUGAAAAAUGUUGAAACUGAUAUGGUCUCUGUUCUAUCUUCUUCUUCUUCAUUGGCACUAACGUUCCUAGAGGAACAUCGCCGUCUCAACGUAGUAUUACUUACGUCAUUUUUAUUAAUACUUAGUUGAGAUUUCUAUGCCAAAUAACACGCCUUGAAUGCAUUCUGAGUGGCAAGCUGUAGAGAAUACGCGUGAUCACAGUGCAAGUCGGAGGAAAUUUCUUUGACGAAAAAUUCCCCCGGCCAGAACGGGAAUCGAACCCGAGCACCCGGCAUGUUAGUUAUGACGCUAACCACUCGGCCAAGGGAGCACCUCUGUUCUAUCUGAGCUCCAUAAUUAAUACUCGCUGUUUGAUUAUAUCUAGCUUCGAUGGAAUUCUCGAUACCAAAAAUGUGCAAAAUAUGGAGCAAAUAUUGUAUCGACGCUGGUAAAGGUAAACAAGUUGCAAUGGAGUAUAUGUAUUCCCCAAAAGCUACGCAAUCUACACAUGUGUAUGAAAAUAUGGAGCUCAUCUUUCUUCAAUCAUUACAUAUCCCUCGUGUACGCCACACCCAACCCUGCGAAUACAUAUUCAUUCAUCAACCGAGCGAGAUGAAAGCUGGGAGAAAGGCGACGGUUAUAAACGGAGCGAGUAGCCGGAUGCAGGAUUAAUCAGGGAAACUCGAAAAGUUCACAUGGGAUCACGGAGGGGAAAAGAAGACACUGCCAUCAAAGGCAAAUGAGCUCAUCACAAGAUACGGCAAUCUUACCUCCCCUUCCAAGCACAGCAUAUGGUGUACAAAGAAGAUAUUCGAUAACAAGUUGUCGUUUUGGUUUAAAGUUCCAGAAUUUCAGCUGGGUGACGCCGCAUUGCGGCAAGAGAGCUCCAGGAGACCGAUAAUAGGGAAAGAUGCUUCGAUGACGGAAGUUUGCCAGAAGACGCUUUUAUGGUUACAAAGACAUUCUUUCUACCAGAAACAUUAUUGGUUGUUCUGUGCAAAGUUUUCUUUGCACUCGCUUCUCUUCACCGAUGCAUAAAAUGUAGACUGUAGCCAUGGAGGAGCAGAUCAUUAAGUUUAUGCAUCAGCAAAGACCAAAAAGUUUGCAUUUAUUGGUUUGCCUGUACCACCUAAACGCGAUCUUCAAUACUCAAUCUCAUAGAACUCAUUAACAUGUUUUCUACCAUAUUCAAAAGUUUCAUAUUUCGCCAUAUUUGAAAAUGGUUACUCUAAUGGCGGGCCUCUAAAAAUUUAAAAAUUAAAAAAAAAACUCAAAAACACGAGGAUUCGACAUCGAACUAACGUUUGCAUUAAAAAAUGGGUGUGUUAUAUCUAUGACAAAACCGCGAGGUUGACGUGGGACUACCAUUGGCUUAAUAUCAUUUGUUUGUAUUGAUUAACUUAUUGAUUGAUUGAAACAACUUUCGAAUUCAAUUGAAAUCAACAUAUUUAGUUUGUAAGUAAAGAAAUUGAACAGUUGCAAUGUAAGAUCAAUUCAUGCAUUGUAAUAGAUUAUGUUUUUCGUUACAAGUAAAUUUGAUGUUUUAUUUAGGUUUCAUAUGAUGCCCAGGACUACUAAAAUAUGCGAACGGAAGAAUUGUCAAACGAUCAUUGUAUUUUACAUUCCCAUCUGAAAUUAUUACAUCUUUCAAGCGUACGUAGCUCUCGAACUGCGAUUUUGCUUGGUUUGAUGAAUUUCAGGCAUUCAGUUUCGAUUUUGACAUGACAGAAGUACCCAUAGCUUUCAUGAAUCAACAACUUCAAUUUCUACUUUUUAUACUAUAGAGGCUAAAGUUCAUUCGCCUCUAGUAUCUGAAAUGAUGAUUUACCCAGACUCUUUAAUUUAGAAGUACGUGUAAAGGAAACAUAUUCUGCUCUGCACAAAGACAAGCGAGUACAAAAGUAUUCGCAGCAUGCAUAUCUUUGCAAAGCGAAUUCCCCCAGGCAUAUUUGCAUGUAUUUGCAAAGCGGAUUCCCCCAGGCAAAUUGAUUUUUAAGUUUGUGUUGGGGAAACUGUAAAUCGGGCCAACCGUGGCAGUUAGGGCGUUUGGAUAACGCUUGACAUUUUACAGUUAUUCAAUUGAUUAUCUCUAACAUUUUAUUCAUUGUGAUAGAUGCGUAGAAAUAUUUCCUAUCAAUUGAUGCAAACAACUUUCGGAUCUAUUAAGAAGUGUUCGAUCUUCCAUAUAAAGGGUGUGUCACAUCAAAUUGCAUCACGGAAAAAACGCUGUAGAAAUUCGCCCAGUAGACCGAUCCUUUUGAAAAUUUUAGACAGUAAAAUAAAAACUAUUAAACAACU